CAUAACUAACUGGGUGUCCAUAAAAGGGAGUUAUCUUCCCCCUUCAUUUAUCACAACCUCCCUUCACGCAAGGGACGAGAACAGCGAUCCGACUGUAGCGACUUUUCAUCGCAGCUGACCUGGACUGGUGCCCGUCUCUGUCACCCCUUUGCUACCCUGACAGGAAGCUGGGGCAGGUGGCAUAAAGCUCAGAAAAAUGCUUUAAAAUAUUCUGCAGCCAUCCCUCUAAUGCUCCCACUUUCACCAAGCGAUGAGGGGGAGAGUUUAUCCCUGGCUUCUCCACUCACUAUUGGAUUUGAUUUUGGGACGAUUUAAUUUGUCAGUAGCCCUGUUCACUCAUGUACCUGCAAACGUCCAGCCCUGUCUUCCCCCAGAGCAGGUUAACCUCCUUCCCUCACCCUGUCUGAAAUCAACUUAGGAGCAGCUGGCUGCUCAUCAGGAGGACGCAGGCUAUCCUUACCAGGCCUGCUCUGCUCUGGCUACCCCAGCGGAGACCAUGGAGUACCUUCGUUCUGCUGCCAUACUGGCCAGAAAGGAAGAAAUUGAGCUGUCCUACCAGCAGUCCAGCCUGGCCUUUGCUGUGGUGGCCACCACGCUGUUGCACAAGGAGCCCUCCAUGGAGGCGGCGAUGGAGUCUGCGCUGCGGGCCAACCUGCGGCAGGUCGGGGGCCACUGCCUGCAGGAGCUGGAGCGCUUCAUUAGCAGCUACGACUCGGGCUCCGCCCGCUCAUGAGAGGCAGCACAGCGGGAGACGUCUGCUCGAUCUCUGAGCCCGAUGGGGGGGAGGGGGGAGCGCUGCUGGGGACUGGGGCUGGAGCCCCAGCAGCGGUUCUGGCUGGGAUGAGAAACCAGCAGCUAUGGACUUGUGCGGCUGCAGCUGGAGACGAUGGGGUGGGAGCAGAGCCCCAGCGUGGAGGGCUGCAAUCAUGGUGCUGAUGCUGGACAAGGGCAUGGAACGGGAAAGGGGCUGUUGGCUUGAAGUGGCUGGGAGGGUUAGUAAUUUGGGAGGGGAGGAGACGGCCUGGGGGAGGGCCGAGCGGUACUAGGGCCGAAGGGGUCAGUAACCAUGGGGAUGGAUAAGUGGUGCCAGAGGGGCUGGGGUUGUCGGGCGGGGCUGACUGAAACCGACGCUGGGAGUGAUGGGCGACAGCCUCCUCGGGAGAACACUUGCAGCAGUUUCACCUGGCCAGGAUUGGGGCCCCUGAGCCCCAUGGUUUCAUUGAAGGAGAGGAGUCUCCGAAAGUCCCUGCUUGGCUUCCCUGAACUUCGAAAUGUUUGUUUUCUGGAGAAAAUUGUUUUAUCUCUGAAAAAUAAAAUGGCAGGCGGCGGGCAGCGCGCCCCCUGCAGCUGCCCCUGCGCCAUCAGCGUUCCUGUGUCAGUCUGCUCGAGUGUGAAUACAGCCGCUCACUGGCUGAGCCACUGAGGGGAGUUAAUGGAGAAGCUCGUAAAUAAGGCAGCAGCUGUUCGGUUGAGGCCGUUAUACGCUUGUUUCAAAACAUUCAAUUUGGGGUAUUUCUCCCGUAGGAGGGGCUGGCGGCUCGGCUUGGCGCAAGGUGUGAUGCAGGUAGCUACAGGAGGUGGGAUUUUUAAAGGAGCUAAGGGCUGGAUUAUUUUCAAGCCCUCAGCACCCAGUGUGCUGGGCUCCUCGGGAAAUCUCUCCACUUAAUUUUCUGCCUAAAUCAGAGCUGGACUCUUCUAAAAAAUAUGGCCCUAGGCCAGUUUAAUCCUCAGUCCCACGGCAGCUCCUCUCCUCUGUGUUUGCAAUCCUGGACUCCCUACCCAGCUCUGCUGAUGCACCUCGCUCCUGACUUGCAGCUCCCCUGCUCGUCCAUACCUGGGCUCCUUACAUCGGCCCCGCAGCACUCCCAUCCCCUCCUGUUUCAAAACUGUGCUUUGUCCCGCCACCACAUUCCAUGCCAAUGGCUUAGAUCUGGUCCACGUCUAAAAUUUAGGCCGACUCAACCCCCUGGGUAGACGCAGGCAGGCCAACGGAAGGAUUCUUCCACCGAGGUAGCUAUCGCCUCUCGGGGAAGUGCAUUAGCUGCAUCAACGGAAAAAAUUCCUUCCGCGAUUGUGGGAAGCGUCCACACUCCGGUGCUACAGCUGCAGCCCACUACCGCAGCUGUAAUGUAGACAGACCCUGAGUGGAAGGGAAGCCCCUUGCUUUGCUUUGGGCAGCGACUGGAUGCAGGGGCGGCUCUAUGUAUUUUGCUGCCAC